UGUGAUGUGGUUGUGGUAGUGUAAUGCUGUUUAAUUAUUGGAAAUGGAAUAAUUUACUUUUUUUUUUGUUUUUAACUACAUUUUCAAAUAAAUUUAUCGAUUAAGUCGGAAGACACAAAAUUUCGAAAUGAAUAGUAAAUACGAAGCAAGUGUAUAUCAUGUGUUUAUUAGGUACUCGCUCGAUAAAAAAAGAAAGGUCAAGAUCUCGAUCACCAAGGCGAAGAGAAGAAAUACACAUCAAAAAAGAAAUCAAAGAGGAACUCGAUGACAAGGCACAAAACUCCAAAGAACAGGAUAAAAAAAUAGAAAAUGUCGGUCUUGGGGCUAAAAACAGGUUAAAAAGUAUGAGUAUUCAAAUGAAACUAAACUCAAAGAAAAUCAGCUCAACUAAAAAACCAAAACUGACGGUGGCAGCUGCAUUUAAUCAAGACAGUGACAGUGAGCCAGAAGAGAUGCCCCCUGAAGCUAGGAUGCGUAUGCGAAAUAUUGGCAGAGAUACACCCACCUCAUCUGGUCCCAAUUCAUUUGGCAAGACAAAACAAGGUUUUUCAGAUGCGAAAAAAAUGUUUGAAAAAAAUUUAAAGGAAGCAAUGGAAAGUGCUCUAGCGGAUGACUAAAUAUAUUUUAAUAAAUUUUUCAAAAAUGGAAUGACUGUUUUUUAUAAAAGCAUGUAUUAAUUGUAUUAUAUAUAGAGUAAUCGACUAUCCAUUUUUGAAAAAUUCCCAAUUCUUCAUUAUUGCUAAUGAUAUUUUAAAGAAUGUUAAUAGAUUGAAAGUACAUUGUACAAAUCGGUAAUG